AAGGGGCGUGGCGGCCGAGCGGGCGGUUCGCCUCCUUAGAGCCCGUCGUCAGGGGAGGCCCGCGAGCGGCGGCAACACCUCGAGCGGGACGCGGCGGGCUGAAGGAGAAGCGCGAGAGGCGCCUCAGGAGCCGGAGCCAUGUUCGGGGGUUGGUCCAGAAUCUUCGAGGAGGAUCCUUUCUUUCGGUGAGGGGGAGGGGGGUCGGCCUGGGUUAUGAGGGGGGGCUGCGUGGGGGGGGGCUCCGUCCCUCACGACGUCGCCCUGAGGGAGGCGGCGAAGGCGACGUUGGCGUUUCCCCCAUUUGCCCCAUAGACAUCCCCGCUGCGAAUGCGCAUCUCUCCGUUGCCUUUUCCUCUUGUCACACCCCCGCCGACCGUUUUCAGACGUUCCUUCUCUCCAGACGUGUCAAAAAGAGCGGAGCCUGACGGUGGGGUGGGGGCCCUCAAACACAACAAUAAUUCACCCCCCCUCUUUUUAAGGUCGCUGAAUUCUCUUUUACUAUCCCCAGCCCCCACCCCAACCUUGCUUAUUCACUUCAGCAGAAUUUGCCUCCCCGCCCCCGUUGCGAAGGUGCAAUAAAAAAAGUUGCAUUUUCAUGUCCUCGCUGGAUCUGGGUGCAGGCCCUUAAGCGUAGCUGUCAACUUUUCCCUUUUUUUAAGGGAAAUUCCCUUAUUCCGAAUAGGAUUCCUCGCAAAAAAAGGGAAAAGUUGACAGUUAUGUUCUUAAGUUAGCUGAACUUGCACCCGUUGAAAUCGAAGCGAUAAUAACUGCGUUGGGGCCUCGUUGAUUUCCUUGGGGGACCCUAAACUCGACUAAGUUAAGUUUGGAUCCAGUCCAGAUUAGUCCCUCUGCUCCCACGGAACUGUGUUAUGCCUGGAUGAGGCGUGCAAUGGAAGAAGAGGGCUGUAGUUCAUGAAAGCUUGCUUUACAAUAAAGCUGUUGGUUUUAAAGGUGCCCCUGGUCCCCCCCUUUUGGUGUGUGUCUGAAGCCUUUCCAGAGUUCUGGAACUGAGCCACUGGCCUCCUCAGGAAAAGAAUGGUUGGAGUGUUCUUUUGGUGCCUUGCUAAGAUUUGGUGUGAGCAGUGCUGUUCUCAGGACCUGGAAGUAAAAGGGGUUUAGUCCCAUGUUUCCAAGGGGCUGAAAGUGGCACCUAUAUAAACAACCGUAUUUUCUCUUGCUCCCAAGAAGUUUUUAAGUUUCGUGCUGAUAUGCUGAAAGGGAUGCCUUUCUAAAGCCUUUUUAAAACACUGCGUGUUUUUUAUUUUUAUUUUUCAGAUAACAAGUGGUUGUUGUUUCUGUGUUUACUUUCAGAAGCCUAGCAUCUUUUCAUGUGUUCCCUUUAUCAUUGUUACUUCUGCAGUAUAAAAAACGUGGUCUCCAGUAGCAUGAAAUAGCAUGAAAGUGCACAGCAGGAAAAACACAAUUAAAGACAUUUUUAGAGAGCAGUUAAUGACCCUUUUGCAACUCAGUUUUUUAUGUUGAGUAAGUACUGAAAAUUAGAAGGCAUAAAACUUAUUUCUUUUUUUAUAUAAUUUUUUAAAUUGAGUUGUACAUAACAUAUUACAAUUUAAACAUAUUGUUUGCCCUUCACUUUUAGGAUUCUCAGAAUCCCUAGACUUCGCACCGCCCUUCUCUGGUUUUCAAUGUCAAUCCCUUUUUCUUUCAGCUUAUCCAUGUUUUAACUAAUUUGUUAACAACAGUAUUACCUUUUUCCAUUGUGUUUUGUACAUUACAAGUAUUACUCUAAUCCUGCCAAAGUUUUUAGUUGUUUACAAUGUUCUCUUAAAUAAAUUCUAUAUUUUUCCCAUUUUUUGUUAAACUUCUUCUCAUCCCGGUCUCUGAUUCUCCUGGUCAAUUUUGCCAUUUCGGCAUAGUCCAUCAUCUUCAUUAGCCAUUCUUCUUUGGUUGGAACUUUAUCUUCUUUCCAUCUCUGGGCCAGUAAUAUUCUUGCUUCUGUUGUCGCAUACAUAAAUAGUCUUUUCUGCUCUUUCGGAAUCCCUGUACCUAAAAUGCCUAACAAAAAAGCCUCUGUUUUUUCACAAACGUUAUUUUAAACAUUUUCUUCAAUUUGUGGGAAAUGAUAUAUAAUGUUUUUCAUUUUGUUCUGUCACAAUAGAACAUGGGGUGGGGGGAGAGAAAAGGAUUUAUGUUCUUUUAAAUAGCUUAAAAUACUACUUUUCUCCUGCGGUAAUCUAGGUCAAAUGCACCUGGGAAUCAUUCUUCUUGUUCAUAUAAAUUUUACAUAUGUCAGGCAUUGUAUCUGGUUAAUCCUAAACACACUUACUAGGAAUAAAACCCAUUGAUCACAGUGGGACUUACUUCUGAGUAAACACUGCAUAGUCAUCCUUUAAUGCUACAAUCCUAUGUAGGCUUACCUGGAAAUAAGGCUGAGUAGAUGGGUAUUAUAAAAAAAAUAUAAGGCUGUGAUCCUCUGUAUAUUUAAUUGAGCUCUGUGUAGCUUACACUCAACAUGUAUAGGAUCUGAAGUUCUGCAACUUUCCUUUAAUUACAUGUUUGUAAGGAACCCUAAAUAACUUCAGCAUUUGACAUGGUGGGGGAGGACCUAUAUAGCAAGCUUGUGGUUGACCUUUUAACUUUUAUGGCCUGGUUAAACCCAGAAUGGGUUUAAAACCCAAUUCUGAUACAGUAUUAGCUUUUGCUUGAUGAAUGCCCAAACAGAAGUUAUAUAACUCAGUGGGCCAUCUUCAUGCCUAGGUCCAUACUUAAAAGUUGUAAUCUGUCUUGAUUAUAUAGCUCAGUUUAAGCUGGAUUCAGGAGGCCUAAUGCUUUCUUAACACUGUAUAUGCAGGUGUUUUGGUUUUGGGAACUCCCUUAGUUAGUACACACCCAAUCCUGUCUCUGGUGUAUCCCCUUAAGCUAAAAUUGUACAAGGUCACACAUCCUUUGAAAUCUGAAUGGAACUUGUGGAUGAUUUUACAUAGUGUCAGCAACUUUUUAGAUUGCUCUUUUAAAGUCCUUGACAAGGUUCUCAGCUUUUAUGUCAGCUCUGCAGCCAACUCCUACUGUAUUGAAAUCCAAUGGCACUGAUCCAAAGGCUUGCAUGCACAGGCAGCUUCUUUCCUUUGCACUCAAUCCUCCCUCUUCUUAACCACAAUCUUGUCCUUUUAGUCUUCAUGUAGAAGUCUAAACGUAUCUUGCUGCUGCUUAGGAAGAAAUAGAUGGGAGGUGCAAAUGAAGCAAAAGUAUUGGCCUGUGGAUACUACACUUCUAGAAGGUCCACAGUAGUGUUGCUGGAUUGGGACCAAAGGGUUCAUUACUGACUCUGAGCCUCACAUUAAUCCUGCACCUAGUUUCUUUUACUAGUCAUCUAAUUUCCUUUGCAAUUAAGCAGAAAUUAAGUUUGAAAAGUGCAUAGCAAGCACCCACUAAAGCGUUUUGGGAAUAGUCUCUACAGGAUGUUUGUUUUGGUUUCUUUAUUGUCUGCCUACUCUUUUGCAUUUGGAGUGACAUGAGGGAGUACCCGUUAAUAGAACCCAUGCUAUGUAAUGUGGGAAGCAAUAGAACCAUGGAUGGAUGCUGAGGCCAGCAGUGCACAAAGUCCUAUAUAGAAGCUGUCAACAUGUAAUGGUAGUCUGAUAAAUAGAAUCCUAUCAGUAUAGGGAAAGGAAGUGUGAACUACGAAGCUCCUAGUUCAAAUCUCACAAUUUUAUGAACCCUUUCCCAAAAUUCAGGGCUCCCAACUAUUACAAAAUAAAACAAUUACAAAAUGUGUGUGUGUGUGUGUGUGUGUGUGUGUGUGUGUACCCACACACCAUGUAGGGACUGUGCAGUUCUGUUAUUUUAGUAGCCAUAAUGGCUGACCAUUGUCUGGUUUGGAAGCUGUUCAGAGUCUAAUCCAAAUUAUAAUAGCAAGUGCUAUUCUAGACAUUGCAGACUAGAUCAUCAUGCAAGUGGAUAGGGCUACUUCACAUUGGAACUAAUUUCUAAAACUGUGUACUAAUAGGAAAGCUUCCUCAGCCUCACAAGGAUAGAUCUUGAUCUGGCAAGCUAGAAAUACUGUCUAGGAUAAAAUUGGUUUUAUAAAUGUCUCCCUGACCAAGCAGCUGUUCCAGGGAAGCUCUAGUUGAUCUCAGUCAAAAUGUUUUCUGGUCCUGCCAAGUUUUUUCCUGAAUAGUGCAGACAGGUGCAGAAACAGUUUCCCUCCUGCAAAAGACAGUCCUGUGCAUUUAGUUAGCCAAGAAGUUCUCUGUGUUAUCUCACUCUUGAUAGUACAGUCAUCUGCUGUGGCUGGUCUCUUGUACUGAACCAUCUGUUCUAAUAAAGCAUUUCUGUUAAAAAAAUAAAUUAUGCAGACUAAGCUCUUUUCAAUGGAUAAGAAUCUAUAGGAGAACAGUCACAGCAGACUGGCUGCUGUUUCCAUGUUGAAAUGAUGCAUAUUCAGGUGCCAAGGACAGAAUAAUAUAUACACUAUCUCAGUCAUUUCUAAACUGCAUGCCAGAACACACCAGUGUCAGUUGGAAGAACUACUUGCAUGCUCAGAGAAGUGGUUUAGAUUCCUGUAAAGCUCUAAAAGCCUUUCAAUUGGCUUCCUUUAAGAAUAAUAAAUUUUGCUAUGAGUUUGUAUUAGGAGUGAUAAUAUUGAAUGAACCCAUUCUACCUGUUACAAAAUUAUCUGACCUUAGAGGAUGUCAUGUUGCCACUCUGUAUGAGUCACUAUUUCGAGUAUGCCACUUCCUAAUAUUCUUUGUGUAACAGCAAAUUGUGUAUUGAUUUUAAUUUAAGACAGCAGUAUGCUGUGGCUGUCCUAAGUAGGGUAAACACUGCACUCUCUCCAUCAAGAUAGCAGUUUUACACCUUGGAAUCUUGUCUGUUUUUUCUAAAUGCAUGGCUAUAUAUGAGCUGUUUCUCUCUCACACCUCCGCCCUUAAUAUUAUCUUUAGGGAUCCAUUUGCCGCACACAAUGAUCAUAUGCGUCGUUUCUUUUCUGAACCUUUUGGACGAGAUCCAUUUCUCUCAAUUAAAGAUGGUGGGGAAGGAGCUCUACAUCAAAGAGGACGUCCUGAUUCUCAGGUUGCUUUGAGAGACAAUCACAAGGUAUGUCAUUUUAUAGUCUUGCAGGUUACGUGCAAUCAGUGACAAAGUAUGGUGGAUCUCAGCUUGCUUCCCCACUCCCCCCAGCUGAUGGUUUGGUACUUGAGCCAGUCAGUUUACUCUUGGUGCAUCUCUCAUGUAAAUUAGAGAUAAUGAUGUUUAACUCUCCUUGUAAAUAACCACCAAAAACUAGAAUAUUAACUAACGGAGCAAAGAAAUUAAACAAGGUUUAAUGUGUUGAAACUUGCAUUCUAACUGAUCCCGUCUCCUGUAGAAAGAUGUAUUAGUUGGCACAUUGAUCCUUAAGUUUAUUUGAUUAUGCAAACCUGUAACAGUACUAUAACAUCAUGCUUAGUGACGUGAUAGUAUAUUCCAUCUAAGGCUGCAAUCCUAAUGGUGAACCCCAUUGAAUUCAAAAGGACAUAACUUCUGAAUGGACAUGGUUAGAGUUGCAGUCUUGCUGACAUUGCAAGUCUUGGCAUCAGCUGAUAAAGAACUUAAAUAAAUUGACAGGAAACUUAAUAGACAUAGCAACUUCAAAUAUGUAACUGUAAUACGUUUUGCUUUACUUAUAUAUUCACUAUUGUACAAGGUAUCCACUUAUGUAAUGAUAAAGUAAUAUUUCUGCUUCAAAAAAUGUGAUGGUUACAUUUUUAUUUUGGUUCCUGGGGUUUGGAAGACUGUAUUUAUUUAGGUGUGUUGACUUUUACAAUAUCUUCUGUUGGCUACUUAGUGUCAAAACUAAGCCUGUGGAAUUUGCAUUCAUGGGUAACAUAACCACAGGGGGUGUGGAAUUGUGCCAAGAUCAGUAAACUAUACAAUGGGAACUGAUGCUUUAAUAAAGCUAGCAGCAGCAGAAACUGUCACCUGCGGGGUAGCCACCGGAUUGUGUGCUUCUAGUUUAGAAGCAUUUCUAUUUGUAACGUAACAGUUGGGUUUACUUCAGAUUCAGUUCUGCUUUUGUGAGCAGCAUCAGACUUUUCAACAAACGUUUAAACAUUUAAUCAGAUAUGCAAAGAUGCACUUGGGCUUCUCCAUCUUUUGUUGCAAUUGCAAGCCUGGGAACUUACAUUUAGUUGAAUGUUUCCCUGAACUCUGAUAAUGGCUCUUGCUUGUCUCCAGGAGGAUACAGGGGUGUGUGGGAAUGUAUGCAUAAACUAGUGUAUUGUACAAAAGUAAAAAAAUGACAUUAGCUGCUGUACUGACUGUUAUGUGACCCUCAAAAGGUUGCCCAGAAUCCAGAAUGGAAUGUGGCCCUUGAGCUGAAAGAGGUUCCCCACCCCUGCCUUGAAUUACAGGCUUAUAUCUACAAUUCAGAAAAGAAUACAUAGUUAACUAAUCAUUUGUCUUUUAAAAAGGCCAGAUAGAGCAAUGCAAACACCCCCAUUAAAGCCCUCACAUUUUAUUUGCUAUUACAAAUUCCAAACACUCUUGCUCUGAGUGCCUGUCAUACAUAUUGCACAUCUAAGAGUACGUUAGAACUUGGGGAGCUACCUUAAACCAUUGCACAACUCUACACUGGACAGUAGAAAUCUUUUUGGCUGUGGAGAUUCAUAUCUUACAUGGAUCAGAAAUCGGGGAGUUAUUCUGACCUGGUUGAACAGAAAAGGGCCCAGAAUAUGUUCCUUAUAAACAUACUUGGUAUCUGUUAGUAUGCCAAUUCAAUUCACCUAUCUGAAACAAUUGCAUUUAAAUUGAUGGGCCAAGUUGGUACAACAAUUGUUGGAACACAUAGAGACUGCCUAAGCACUGUUUCUAAACAGAGUUCAUUCAGUCAUUCAAGUUUUUUACAAGCUUGUUUUUCUGGCAAUAGCAAAAAAAAUUUUUUUUAAGUAUUUGAUGCGGACCAGUCUAUACGCUUUGUUGUUGUUUAGUCAUUUAGUCGUGUCUUAAAACUUCUCUGUAGCAGAGCUGGGGAAUCCGUAGCCUGCUGGAUGUUUUGAACUUUGAACUUCCAUUGGUCCCAGCCAGCAAGGUUGAUGGUCAAAGAUGAUGAGAGUUGUAGCCUAGCAUUGUGUUUUGAACAAAUAAAUUUAAAAAAUCAUGUUAGUUGACAGCCGCUGAAACAGUGUCAACAUACAACACUCUCGGUUGCACAUGGUAGCUUAUUUUAAAGUUCAAUGACUCUAUGUAUCUUAACACUGUAUAUUGUAUGUGACUUAUUAUGGUCUAAAAAACCCCCCAAACUUUGUAAGAAUGCUAUUUAGGAUUAUAAUGUGUGUUGGGGGACCCUAAUAAGCCCUUCAAGCAUAAGCAUACAAAGGGGCUGCAGUUUAUAACCAGAGCGCAAUGCUUUUUUAGGAGUUGAAAACAGUCCUAGGUCUCAAUAUAUCCAGUUACAGAAGGAUACACCAAAGCAGUGGGAGUUUGACUGGGGGAUAGAAUUACCCAGCUGGAGGGGCUUUGCAUUUAGGAAGUAAGGUUGCUGUGCUGAUGACUGUCUCUGCACCUGAUCAUAUUAUUAGUUCUUGGAUUUACACAGACUGUGUGUUAUUGCAUUCAUUUUACAAGGACAUAAUGUGUAGAAACCUGGAAAGAAUCAAGUUCUCUAAGAGUAAUGUUUAAACUGAUUCUCCCUCUGAAAUGAUGUGAGCUUAUGUUACUUCCACAUACUGCUUUUGUCUGUUAUUUAGCAUUAUUAUUUCCUUUCCUUUCUCCUAAUAAAAUCAGGCCCAUUUAACACAAAUCAGCCCACGUCUUUUGCAGCCGUCAGUAGUCUAAUUGGGAUUGGUCAUACGUAAUGUUAAAAAUAUUCCUUCGUUAAAAGAUUAAUCUUAACACCAAUUCGAGCAACCUUCACUAUUCCAGCUGCUGCUAAAAAGCUUCUAGUCCGUAUUUGUGGAAGGCCAAACAAUACACACUAAGACUGCAACUUAUGUGGGGGUUACCUUCUGGGGAUUGCACCUAAAGCCAAAACUGCAUAUAGUCAAAAUACAUGAGGUGCAAUGGUGGGUGGGAUUGCCAAAGUUCCCCCCCCCCCAGAUGCCUGUUGCCUUUCUGCUCCCCUUUUAUUUAUUUUAUUUUAUUUUUUGGCGAAGCACGUAAAGCUGAAUGCACACAAAUUGAAUGUGCAUAAGCUUACUUACUUUUAACUAUAUUGCAAAACAGGCUGCUGUGGCAGCAUCACUUACCAGAAUAAAUACUCCUCUUUGGUUGAGUGCUGGGAAGAUUUUCCAAGUGUGUGUCUGAAUUCCUCCUGCCCUCUAAAAUAAAGUUAAGUUACUGUUGUCUGACUCUGGGGAAACAAAGGAGUAGGGAUUACAUGAGGAUAGAAAUAAAUGAGUUUUAGGAAUGAAGGAGAUAGAGAUGGUAGGUGAUAGAUGGGCAGAGUUGGUUUUGCAUGUCCAUGAGCCUUUGCGUUGUAAAACAUAGUGUUAAAUGAAUAAGUACAAAAUGACUAUUGUAGUAAAAUACAUUUUGAUGUGAUAGCUUGAUGUAAGUAUACCUUUCAUGCAUGCUUUGGGGAAUUCAGAUUUAUAUCCAGACUCUCCAAUCAUUUUUUCAUGCAGAGAUAUUCAAGACCAGUUGGCUGAAUUCUCAUAUUAGAUGGUGUUUAUAGCAUCAUCUAUUUAUAUGUGUGUACUAGCAUAUAAUUUCUUCACUGUGGAUUUAUAAGUCAGACCAUUCUGUAUAUGGUGAUAGAUUUACUCAGAACUUCUUUGCAAUGACCUUUGAAACUGCUGACAUGGGAGAGAUGAUUUGGUUUAACGCCAGGGUUCUAUGAAUAUUUUAGAGAAUAUGUAUGUAUUUCAUUGCUAACUCUACAUUAAUCUCUUGCUUUUACAUAAAAUGAAUGCUUGUAGCAGAGUAGCUGCAUCACUUAUUUUAAUUUUUGUGACCUGCAGUUUAUUCUAGCUCUUUGAAAUUUAGUUACCAAAAUUUAUCUGUUGAGUAGGAACAGAUUUGUUGGUUUUAAUCAACUUCUCUCCAUCUGAACUGGCUAAUCGUGACUGCAAAUAAAUAGAAUUGAAUAUCUGGAAAAGCAGGAAAACUGUAAAGUACUGUACAGAACUUAAAGGUACAUGGCAAUACUUUGGUACACAAAAGCACAUGUAUUCAAACUUAGGCACUUUCAAUUUAAACAUAGUUUUUACUAUCUCAGGGACCACAUUAGAUGUGACAGAAGCAGCCAUUUUUUUCCACAUUUCCCUGGUCAUGUACAAAGCAGGGGUGGGGGGCAUCUAAUUGUAGCAUCAAAAGGGAUGCAUAGGUGUGAGAGGAAUGGAAUAAUCCUGCUUCCCUUGUCUUACUUGUCUGUAGCUUGUUGCCCAUGGCACUGUUCACUCAGCCUAGUUCACUUCAGAUAAUGGAUCCAGGUUGUUAUGGGAGGAGUUUGGAUAAUGGAUCAUAAAAAGAUUAUGUGGUGGAGGGUUUGUCUCUUAUCCCUCCAGUAGUAAAAAUUAAACCCACCCCCUGCUUACAUGUAAACAGUAUGGCUGCCACCGUCACAUCUAUUUUGGUCCUUCAUUGUUUUGGUUAUGCUGUGCCUUAUUUAAAUUUGAGCUAGGGAGUUUUAAGUCCCCCCCCCCUAUUAAUUUGAACCAUCUGACACACCGUGCAGCAAUUCACAUAAGGUGAUAUUUUUCUUUCAGACGAGCUGUUCCCUUAUGCCUUUUGGCGGUUUUGGUGGCAUGGUUAGUAUACUAAAUGCUAAACUCUGUCUUCUGGUGAUCUGGGCAUGCCUUCCUUCUGUAUUUUAAUCUUUAAACCAUGUUACUAAUAUACAGAUUUACAUGAACUGAUGCUUCUUUUUCAGGCAGCGAGUUUUCCGCUUAUGCCUUUUGGCAGUUUUGGUGGCAUGGUCAGUAUACUAAAAUACAGAUCUCUAAUGCUUGGUGAUAUAAGCAUGUUGUUGUCCUAAGGGCCCAUCCAGAAUAGUAUUCACUUUAGUUUUUGGUCCUUCUCUGUUCCAGAAGAAACCGUAAAAUACUUCUGCAUUUAUAAAAAAUAUAGUAUGUUAAAAAUAAAUGUAUAUGGAUUAAAUUAAUAAUUUCAUUUAAAUACAUUUGUAUUUGACAAAUAUGUAUGGAAUUAGUGUUUUUCUUUCCAUUCUUUAUUUUCUUUUUAUUGUAUUUUUUAUGCACCUUUAGUUUCCUUUUUUUGUCUUUUUCACUUUAUUUUGUUUAAUUGAAAUGUUUUCAAUAAAAUAUAAAUAAUUUAAAAAUACAUCUCCUGCAUACAAGUUUCCUCUUCCACUCUGUUGGAAGUGUAGGUUCAGUUUUUUAAAAGUUGUUGUGUGAACAAUGCUGAAUUUGCACGAUUCCAUUUGCACUGGUCUGCUCCCCAAAUUGUCCCAAAUUGUCUCAAAUGGGCCAGUGGUAAUAAGACAGGUUAAUGAAGUAGCUGAGCUCUGGGAUUAUGACAUAACUAAGUUAGUUUAUAGCAUAUUAAAUCUGCAGCUGGAAAUUUAUGAAAUUCCUAGGUGAUCAAGUGCAGUGCUGGAAUUUAACAGUUUAAAAACUCAAGUGUUGGGGUGACAAAAGUUCAGUAAAAAAGGAGACAAAGCAGGAUGAUGGUACAAGACAUUUGCCUGGAUCAAUAGCACUUACAGCCUCUUCAGUAAGGUGAAAAUGUCACUCAAAAAGUAGAAGGUAAACUAAGUGGCAAAAAGUGUGAGCUGUGCCACUUAUGCAAAUAGCAGCAGAUGAUUUCAUGAAAAACCACAAUCUGAAUGUACCCUGCAUGCUUUCAUUCUUUAGACCAGACUUUGCCAUGCUGAUGGGAGUUGUAGUCUCCCAUCAAGAGGUUGCCAGGUUGGCGAAGGCUGCUUUAGACAGUAGCACUAAUGCAGUAAUUUAUAUGAGCUGGUAUUUCUCUUUCAGGCAAUGAGUUCCCCCCUUAUGCCUUUUGGCUGUUUUGGUGGCAUGGUUAGUAUACUAAACAAACACGAGUUUCUAAUUUUUUGCUGAUGUGGGCAUGUCUGUCUGGUUCUGUUUCUGCCCCCUCCCACAAUGCAGUAAGCUUUGUGAAAUGCAUUUUAGAAUCCUCCCCCCAUUUGUGAACUGUUAAACUUCCUGUGCGGACUGAAAUUAUGCUAAUAUGCAAGACCAUCUCUCUUUUCUGCAUGCAUGAAAUAAAUUGCCACAAGGGUAAAAACACACAAGAUUUCCAUAAAGUCUCUGAACUGUUUUCGUUACAAUGAAUUGGAGUACAGUAGUGGUGUUUGCAUUGAGAGAGGUCUAGAAUGUUAUUUAUUGGACUCAUGCUAUUUCCUUUUAAUAUGCAUAGAUCAGUGCACAUUCCAAAAAGUUACGUUACUAGAGAAUAGCACUAUAUCAAGCAAGUGGCUGGUUCAGCUUUGGGUCUACUAUGCUAAUGACAUGGGCUUCUCUCCUUUGACCUUGAAUAACAUUUCUGUGAAAUGUGGUAGAUACCCAGAAACUUCUUUAAGGACUCUUUUUCCACCUUUGGGUUUCUUCUGAGACCUUUUUCAAAUGAGUGUUGAAAAGUAGUACUUCUACUAUAGAGGCACCACAUUUCCCCAGCAUUCAAGUUGGAAAAACUUGUUUGUUUGUUUACUGAUUUCUUCUUUUGCUCAAAGUACGUCUUGCCCUUCUUCCUGAUGGCAUGUCCACUGCUGUUGCUAUGGAGUGUGAUAAUGUCUGUGAUACCGUUACUCAAGGCAGGGAACCUUUGUCCCUCCGUAUGUUGUUGGACUAAACCUCCAUCAUCACUGACCACUGGCCAUGCUGUCUGGGACUGAUGAGAAUUGUCCAACAACAUCUAGAAUUGUUGCCUACCCCUACCUUUAGCGAUGAGCGAGACUCUCCGCAUCCAUGUGCCUUGCACUGCUCUGUGGUAUUUAGCCUGCUAUUUUGCAGGCUUAUUCCAGCAUAGGAGCACUCACAUAGCUUUUAAAGAAGCAGUGAACAUCUACCAUCCACCCCCCAUCCUUGUAACAUUGUCCUGGCAGUUGGCAAACAGUUGUUUUUUAAAAUGUUAAUUAUUUUAAUGGUCUGGUCCCCUCUUCAGUGUUAAAGUACAGAUUUGAACUCAUUGGGUUCUCUGCUUGCAAGAAGAUAAAUAGCAGUAAAAUGAUUUCUUUCCUCCCUCACAAUCCAUUAAGUGUAGAAUGGAUAUCUCACAAUGCCUUUUACUUGAAGCUAGGGAGACAGUCUAGCUAAAUGUGGUUGGGAUAGGCUUUGAAGUUUGGUUGUCUUCACAAGCUUAUCUAACAACUUUGACUCUUAAUUGUUGGCAUUCUGUUGCUUUUCUUUCUAUGCUUUGCCUAGGACUAUUAUAAUUUUGAAGCUAAUAAUUUUUUAAAAAUUGAUUGUAUUCCACAUAUACAUAAAUCAAAAUGCACAAACUUAAACGGAAAAAAGAAAAUAUAGAAACUUAUGUAGAGGGAGGAAAAAAGAAGAAGAAUAAAAGCAGAAAGGAAGAAAGAAGUAAGAGAUACGAAUAUAUACCUUUCAUAAUAAUUUUCUUAUCAGUCUGAAUUGUCUCUCCACAUUAUGUUUUGCAUCCGAGUGUAUUCCACAGGGUUGUGGAUUCACUGGUCAUGGAAUGCAGGGAGCAUUGCGCUUAUAAGAAAAACCCCUUCUGUAUUUUUUGGUCUACAUAAUUCCAGGAGACAGUUUAUAAAUGUAUGGGUACCAUUGUCUGUUUAAGUUUAAAUAAUCAGAGAUGCUUUAAUGAAGCUUCCAGAAAUUAUGGCUUGGAAGUUGAUACCACAGCUUCUUGUUUUCUCUGGAAGGUAUACCAUUUACUGUUUUUGAGGUUCAAUUUCCCUGGCCAUUUCUUUAUUUGCUUCACUUUCUUUCUGCUUCCCUGGCCCUUUUCUCAAAAAUUACAGAUAUGUUUGCAGCCUAGCAUAGACUAUACCAAGCAAAUAUAAGAUGUGCACAGUUCUGCCCAGAAUUUGGGUUUAAUUGCCAAUGAAUGUGAAGCUUUUUGGCACACAGUGUUUUGCCAAUUAACACUGCAGGUUCUUUAAAAGAUCUUUUGUAGUUGGUCUAUGAAGAAAAAUAUAUUUUUAUUUGAACAGAAUAGGAAAACCUCAUCAAACAGCUGUUGGGUUGAAAUACGAGAAAUAACCCCAAAGGAACAGUUCCAAAGAAACAAUUCUCCCCCCUCCACCAGAUCCAACUGUGGGAAGGCUCAGCAGUGUUUGGUCCAUCAUCCUCUUCCUCCUCAACCACUUUGCCCUGCACUAUUUGUACCUGCCUCAACCAGGUGGGGCUGGAUGUCUCCACAGCCGUCACCUGUGCAUAUAAGGGCUCCUAAUCUGGGCAAUCAAGCCCCAACUGGGCCACUCUCAAGGGCAGGAGUGCUCCUGCAAGGACUCACAGGAAGGGUUGGCUGCGUAAAGCCAAACCUACACCUCCUCGCUUUUUCUCCUGCAUUUUCCACUACAUAAAGUCACCAUUAUAUCUUACAUUAAUCCUCUCAGUGAGCCCAGUUUACUUCCUAUAAAGGCUUUUGCAUGCUUCUGCUAAUGUUUCAUGUGUCUUGUGCUAGUAAUCCAUCGGCUGGAAUGCAUGUGACAAAUGGUAUCUAUGUAAAUGGAAGCCUUGGUAACUGAGAAGUCAUAACAGACACUGGAGCCAAGUCAACAGUCUUUCAUAUAAGCCUACUUGUUGUGCACUCUCAACGGACCAUAUUCUCCUUUGCAGCAAGUGAAAUUUUAUUCCUAAAUUACAUAUAAUAAAUCAUAGACUGGAAUCUGAGUCAUAGAUUCUUUCAUCAACUCAUAAAUUCCUGAUCUAGGCCUAGCCAAUUCAAAUAGUCCAUACAAAAGAGUGCAGCUUUUUUUAGCAUUUAAUGAUAAAAAAAUAAUUAAUUUUUGUUCCCUUUCCCCCAGUGAAUAACUACAUAAUGUUACUGUAUAAAAGAAAAAAAAAAGAAAAAAGGCAGUAACAAGGUGUUGCCUUUUAAUACCUUGCAACAUUCUCAAAUUCACUUGUGGAGGGCUUUCAUUUUUUGAGUUCGCUUUUUUUCCAACAUUACUUUAGUUACCUUUGUGAUAGUUACUUCAGGCAGUUACUGUGCAGUAGGAUUUCAGAAAUUUACAAUGGCUGGGAAAUCUAUCCUAAAAAUUCUUACAUGAAAUCAGUCCAUCCUUUGACCAAGUUCAUUUGAGGUUAAUGAGAAAAGCCUUUCUGAUCCCUCUAGAGAACUGUAUUUCAAAAAGCCUCUCACACUUUCCUCUCUAGUAGACUAAGGGCCAGACUAGAGGUGACAUGGGAUCUGCCAUGGUUUUGGUUUUGCUAAUUAGAAACCCCACAGGGCUGCUUUGGAAAUUGGGGAAGUGUCGCUUUGGAAGAAGGUGCCUAAGCCUUUCUAACUAAUGCCUUUUCUGCACUCUGAAUUACUCCCUCCUUCCCAGCUGCUAUUAGAUCUGCAGAGGGAAAAGACAGAUACAAAUCAAAUCAAAAUGCUUGGUUUAAAAAGCACCAUGUGCUCACCACCUCACACACAUGGAAUCUUUGUUGUUGUACCUUGUACUCGUACUUUUUACCCUGGUACUCUUGCUUGCUUUUAAUGUUCGCUUGUGGUUUUUUUUAAUGGGGAUUAUUAAAGGUGGUCUCUUCCCUUCUUCUGGUGUACCCUUCAAAGAAGUAAAAAUGUAUGUGUGUGCAUAUAUAUAUAUAUACAUAUACACACACACACACACACACACACACACACACACAGUGUCAAGAACCUCAUGGUGAAUUUAUGUGUCUCUCUAAUUAUCUUUUCAAUUCUCUUCUGGCAGAACAUGGAUUUCAGGGAUCAUUUCUCUGCAAUGGACAGAAUGAUGUCAAACAUGAGAAACAGUAUGAUGGAAUUGCACAGAAAUUUUGUAAGUUUGUAUUUUCCUUAAUGUUUAAACUAAAAACUACACAAGCAUUCUUCAUUAAACUCAUAUGGUGUCCUGGAAUGUAUUUUUACAUGCUUCAUGUGCCCAAGCAAGCGACUGCUUACAAAUCUGCUGUUAUGUACAAUAAGCGUGGUUCUAAAUUCUGUUCUCCAAGUGAAUGGCUUCACUGCUUAGUCAUUCUGAACACUUGGCAGGCUUAGGACAGCCAUUAUGGCAUUUUGAAGACUAGAGAGAGUUGCAGUCCUAUAAGAUAUUCUCCUUUCCUAAUCUAAAUGGAGCAGUGUACAACAUUAAAUCUAGGCUUCUGCUAUGGACUCCUGUCUUGCUGUUUAUGCUGUUCUUAAUCAUUUAUUAUGUUUAACUUCAGGAUAAAAUGGCACUUGAUCCAAAUGGUCACUCAUUCAGUUCUUCUUCAGUGAUGACUUAUUCCAAGAAGGGUGAUGAACCUCCAAAGGUUUUCCAGGCUUCAGCUCAAACACGUGUGGCUCCAGGAGGGGUAAGUUAGUCUCUUGGGGUUUGGGGGUUCCCUGUUGAGAUAAAUCAAUGGACUUUGAAUGAAGGAUGGGGCAGUAAUAAUGUAGAGGGAGCAUAAGCUUUGUAUAUCUUCAUAUUCAUAACAAAUUGUAAUUUUACCAUUUUAAACCCCAUUUACAACCCUGGUUUGCAGAGCAAGUACAAACCCUAUUUAGAUGUGGUUUGCUGUGGUUUCCUGGAAGUAGACAACUAAGUGGUGGGCAGAAGUGAGUUUGUGAGCAUAGAGUUCAUCCCAUAGUGCCAAACCAUGGGUUUGUGUUGUGUAACUUGGCCUACUGCUUCUUAUGGCAUUUAUCAGUGAGAUUAGUUGAAGAGGAACAUUGAAGAAGCUAAGCAACAAUACACAUGAAUAUAUCCUACAAUGCUACAAAUAACUGGCAGUGGCAUAAAAUAGGUGUCAUCUGUUCAGACCAAGUACUUGACUUUUAAAUGCUUAUAUAAUGCUUAAGAAGCCCUUUCAUUGGCUUCCUCACAGCUGUUACAUCUAAUUUUGUUAAGAAAUUUGAAUUUGAAUUUGAACCCUGAAGUCAGGUUCAUGAAUGAUUAUAUAUAAGCAGAAGGCUGUUGAAAAUAACUUAUAGCAGAUCACUUCAGAGCUCUAGCCAGCACUUGGUUAUCAAAAAGCUUCUAAUAAUAUACCUAUGAGCAUGCCGAUAAGCAGAAGCCAAGAUUUUCAAGUUGGUUAGCAUGACAUACUAAUAGUUGGUGUCCCUUUCAUGUAGCAAAUACCAACACACACUUAUCUCUGUAGCCGAAAGGUCCAUUCACAGGCUAUAUUUAGAUUAGGCUCUGGUGGUUUUUGAAACCAUUCUAACAGAGAAUAAUAUCAAGACCCUGAGGUGGUAGGAAUAGAUCCCAGCUCCUUUUUUGUGUGGAUCAUAGACAUGCAUGUUGUGGCCAUAGUUCAACAAGUAAUAGUGAAUUAAGUACACAACUGGGUAUUUGCCUUGUCCACCCUCUUUUUGCUGCAUCAGUUCUUGCUGCUGAAGAAACAAGCUGUUUUUUAGAUGGAACAGCUGCUUAUCUCUUCAAAGUGGCAACUGCCACAGUACAAAUGAAGGUAAAGCUCCAACUGUGUUUGGUUCUAUAUUGUGUUCAGAUGUUAGCAUUUGUUGUAUGUUUGACAUGCUGUUUCCUUUUCACUUCACUCCCCGUUUACAACUGAGACAAGAUAUGUGCAUACACUGUGUUCAUAAUCUUGCACAGUUUGCUUGAAAACGGAAAUCCAAAAUACUAAUUGAAAAUAUUGUUUCUCAGUGGUGACUUUUUAAUCUUGUGUGUGUGUGUACAGAUUAAAGAAACCAGAAAAGCACUUAAAGAUUCUGAAAGUGGGCUUGAAAAAAUGUCUAUUGGUCAUCACAUUCAAGAUCGUGCUCAUGUUGUUCAGAAGGCCAAGAACAACAAAACUGGUGAUGAGGAACUGAAUCAAGAAUUUGUUAAUUUAGAUGAAGGUAAGAAACCUUGUGGCUUACAUGGGUUUUUGUUUGUAGUAACACAGUUCUGCCAAUGUUUUACAGAGGUGCACAUACAUAUACAUAAAAUUUAGUAUGGGUGUUUUCUCUCCACUUCACCCCCUAUUCGUGUUUUGUAUUGGGAUAUACUACUUUUAAACACUUCCUGCACUGGUUGCAUCAAGUAAGGAUGCUCACUUUAAAAUUUCAUUUGUUGCACAGAUGAAGCUCAUGCAUUUGAUGAACAAUGGCAGAAGGAGAUUCUGAAGUACAGACCCUCAGGAAUAAGAAAUGGUAUAGAUGCACCAAGACAUAGAAACAGCCAUCACAUAAGCAAGGAAGAUGCAACAAGGAGGUAUAAAUCAUUGUUGUCUUGCUGCGCUGCUUUCCCAGUUUUCUGUAAGAAAAAAGAAUGUCAGAAUGCUCUCAUUGAAGUAGAUGUCUACUGUGCUUUGACAGUUUUGUACAAUUACAUUUGUUGACUGCUGUUGACAAGUGUUGUGAUGCACCACCCAUGCAAGCACACUUGGGUUGCGGCUGGAUUGCAGGUGUGGGAGACCCAGUCUUGAUCCUGAACUUUCCAGUUUCAGUUUGACACCUUCAUUCAGAAAAAAGAGCCUGUGGAAGAAACAAGGGAUUGACUUAAUGGUCCCGCAUGGAUUAAGAUGAAUGUAAAUUGGGCGGGGGGGGGGGGAAGGCUGUGUCUUAUCUGCCUACUUCACUCCCUCUCCCAUUAGGAAAGUCUCUGCAUUUAACUAUGGGUGUAUAUUGAUUUAAGCAGUAGUCUUGUAAUUCUUUAAAUGAAAUGAAAGAGGGGAGGGAGAGUUUGAACCCAGGUUUCACCUUCUAAUUUUGUGAGGAAACUGAUAAUAAUACAGUAUAGCCUUUGCGGUUGCUUGGUUGUUAUCUGGCUAAGAGAGUUCAGUGCCCUUAUUUUUCCUAACCUGUUUCCCAAACAUCAAGUAUUCUAUCUUUCUAAAUACUAUUUCAGAGAGAAGACCCCCCGCCCAAGGGUAUCCAUUGAGGGACCCAGGAAGCCUAAACCUUCUGUGGAGAAGCUCAAUAUCAAGGGAUCACAUGUUCCGCUCAAAACCAGCAAAAAAUAAAUUGCUGUGUUGCUUUUCAUGUCAUCAGGCUAUUUCUUCGGAGGACGCAAUAAUUCUGGAUCAACGACUAAGACCAAGCUCUCUGUUUCUAGCAGUAGUGAAUUUUGCUCUCUUGACUAUUGAAUGUUUGUGAUAGCUCCAGCUCCUCAGUAACAUUUGGCUUUGAGAGUAGUUAAGGAAAACACUGAUGCUGGAAAGCACUUUAUGGAGUUAUUUUCUUUUUUUUUUUUUAGGAUGAGGCAGAAUGUCAGAGCAAAUAGUUUGCAUUAACAGUGCUCCAGCAAGUGUAGAGCCAAAAACAAACAAACAAAAAAAACCAUGUAUCAUUGCAGCUACGUGUACAGGUAUUCAAGGAAGUAUAGUUAAUAAACUGCAGUUUUUAACUCAAGAAAUACGGGUGUAGUUUUGGUGAUGAUCCAAUCUGUCAGUGUCUAAAGCAUUGUAAAGAAGUAUCUAGAUCUAUUAAGCAAUACUUUACAAAAUAGCAUGUAUACUACACUUCUAGUCAAUAUUGAUGAGUAACAGUCAAUAUUGAUGAGCCUUGCAAAAAAAGUUAGAUAAGCUGCAUAAAUAAAAUUGAAUUUUAUCAUAAUUUUUCUGUUUUGCAUCUCUCUUUACACAACAACCAUUUCCUAAAUUGUUGGCUGUUCUGCUUCCUUGAAAGAUAAUCCUCUAUUUCAGCUCUACCAUGCUCUUUUCUAAGAUUAAAAUGCACGUUACUAGCCUCUUCCCUAUAGCAAGAAAGUUACUGUCCUACAUAUUAAAACGAGCUCUAACCUUUUGGGCAGAUUGAAGUUAGGAGUCAUACUUGAGAACAACCUAGAGUAUAAUUUGUUGACAUUCUUGUGAAGGAAAAACGGUUUCUGGAUUUAAUUAUUAGAUGUAAUGGGUACUUUUAAAUGAAUUGUGAAUGGAAAAACCAUGAACUAACUUGAUCCAGUUUCCAUGUUGCAUCUGAUCGCUGUUCAGAUGUUAUCAAUAUAGGUUGCCUAAAUAGACCCCAUAAGACUUUCUGGGGGCAAAGAACACAAAGAAUCUGAAUUGCUGCACUUAAGUCAUUGCUUCAUUACAUAAGCUCCAGAAAUAGGUUCUAAAUUUCUCAACAUGACUCACUUGGAUCUCUAUGUAUCGGAUUGUACUGGUUUGUUUCCCCUGUGGUUGAAUAAAGUAGGUUUUCUUUCACUAUCUAAUUAUUACAGUUCCUUAUCUUAUAAUGCUAAUAAUUCCCUUUAAGAUCUAUAAAUUGUGGCCACUUGAUGCUGGUAGUGCAUGUAGGAAUUCAAAGAAUGUGACCACUGAAGCCCUUUUCAUCUUCAGCCUUCAAAAUGGGAGCAAAAAUGCAGGAAAACCACUAAUGGUGAUUGAGGGCUCUAUCUAAUAUUAUACAUAACAAGUUAAUGCUCUGCAUCUUCUUCUUUUCAUUUGUGACCAUACUUUACCCCCUUGCUUGUUCAUUAUUAUUUGGUUCUUCUAUCGGUUGGUUUCUUCUCUUUUUCUCUUGCAAGUUGUUGUAGUUGAUGAAAAAAAUGGAAGAGGGGGGUGUUCUGAUAUUUGUGGAGGGUUUUCCUUCAAAACAAAAUGAAAAUUUGUAGAGAAAAAAUUGUAAUAAGACAUACUUGCUUUCUUAGGCUUAAACCCAACACUAAGUUAGGCAUAUUUUAAAUCCAAGGUUAGAUUCAGAGAACAGUGAAGAAGCUGAUUUGCUAGAUGUGUCUUCACUGUAAAAUAUACAGGAGGCUCCCAUUCGUUUUAGAGAUCAGACUUCAUAAAGCAUUUUUCCAAGUAUGGUCAUAUUCAGCCAGUUAGCUGUAAAUUAAGUGAAGUAAUGAGUUACUCUACAAGUUUGGUUAAGGCUUGCCAGUUCAAAUAAUGCUCUUGUAUAGUUUAUUGAACUUUUGACACUUGGAAUUGUUGUGUGUUGGGUAAUUAACAGAAGGUACAACAUAUACAACAAGGAAAGUUCAAAUUAAUUAUAUUUCAGCAUGUUAUUGUAGAAGAUAAUCAGCUAACUCAUACUGUGAGUAGAUCCUUUGAUUUCGAUAGGUCUACUCUCAGUAUGAUUACCACUGACUAUCACCCAAUUACUCAACCCUUUAAAGUUGCACAUGACAUUUAUAUGUAUGUUCUUCAUGUUGAAUAAACGAUAGGCUAAUACUCAUUAUCUGAGCUGCUAGUAUUGCAUCAAAAUUUAUGAAUCUAAUGGAGAGUUCAUGAAUAACACUUGCCACUUUAUUAAUAAAGGUUUAUUCAACAU